AUAAUAUACACCGAGAGUCGCCAUCUGCGCUUGAGAAAUGUUCUCGUGGGCUAAAGUGAAACGUUGAAAUGAAUUCGAGAGUCUUUCGCCAGAUCCUGCCUGGAGUUCGACAUCUCACAUCGCCGUCGCGCCACCCAAAGAAGAUUUGUGCGAAAACAAGAGUUUUCUCCAAAGACAGAGUCCUGAAUGUUGACACGGUUCGCGCGGGUGAAGUUCUUGCCAACUUGAACGCGGUGUGGAAAGAUCUCUACGGACCAAUCAUACAGCAAAGAGGACAGAAUGCACCACAGGACGGGGAGUUGAAACCCCGCCGGCUCCACGUUCCCGGGAAAUCUGCAUUGCGUCGGUCAAACGUCCGCUCAUCUGAAAAUGGAUUCAAGGACCUGGAAAAGCACGGCGAGCUCAUCGAGGAUUCCUCGAGAAUUGUGAAAGUUGAGGAUUCGGAGCCCGAAGAGAGAAGAGGAAAGUUAUCUAGCUUUUUGAGGAGAAACCCAACCCUCGUGAAAAAGUUUCGCACUUGUUAAGCCUGACGGGAAGUUUCCUUGUCAUUGCAUUUCAUUCAUGGAGAAAUAGAAGUCUGUUUUCAAGUUUUGAUAUUAGGGUUAUUUCUUCACUCCGUGGUCCGCCGUCUCAAUGAAGGCUGUCUUCGUGUUCCUUCUGGAGCGAGACGUUGGUAGUAUGA